GGGACUUCCUCACUGAAACGUCACAGGUCACGUGAUUCGGUGUUUGUAGUUUUUUUUCUCCUCUGUAUGUCUGAAGCGGCGUUACGAUCAAUUCGUACAAUGGAUACAUACUAUGCAGAAGAAGCUUCCACAUAGAAAUAGCAAGUUCCUGCACUUCACCGCCAAGCCCCGCUGCAGAGAGGAUGUUCCCCAGCCUGGCCCACAGACCAUGGCAUGCCUUCUGCAGAGUGUCCCUGCCGCACAGGUCCUCCCUGUACCACUGGUCUCCUAGGGUCCACCGAGGCUGGCAGGGUGGAGGCAUACAUACCUCGUGGUUCAGCCUACCGGACUCCCGCCUGGCCUGCUUGGGGCUGACCCAGGUGCAGUACUACUCUACCUCUGGCGAUAGUAAAGAUGGUCCUCCGAAGUCCGAAUCAGCAGAUGCCCCCCCAGCGGGGAAGGGGGCCUCUGGUGCUGCAAAAGUCACUCCAACCUCAUCAGAUAAGGCAUCUCAAGGACUGUCGAAAGUUGAGAGUAUUCAAGUCAAAGUCCGAGCGGUCCUUAAGAAAAGGGAGUAUGGAGCAAAAUACACUCAGAACAACUUUAUCACGGCUGUCAGAGCUAUGAAUGAGUUCUGUCUCAAACCCAGUGAUCUGGAGCAGCUCCGGAAGAUCAGAAGGCGCAGCCCCCACGACGACACAGAGGCCUUCACUGUGUUUCUGCGGUCGGACGUGGAGGCCAAAGCUCUAGAUGUGUGGGGAAGCCAUGAAGCUCUCGCCCGAGAGAGGAAUCUGAGGAAAGAAGUGGAGAGAGAGUACCAAGAGAACAUUUUCCGCAAUCAGCAGCUGUUGAAGGAAUACAAAGACUUCUGGGGAAACACUAAGCCGCGAUCCGGCAAGAGGGGAACAUUUCUGCAAGGUCCAGGGAAGGUGGUAAUGGUGGCCAUCUGCAUCAAUGGUCUGAACUUCUUCUUCAAGCUUCUGGCCUGGGUCUACACCGGAUCAGCCAGCAUGUUCUCAGAGGCCAUCCACUCUCUGGCCGACACCUGCAACCAGGCGCUGCUCGCUCUAGGGAUCAGCCAGUCGGUCCGCAACCCGGACGCCAUUCACCCGUACGGCUUUUAUAACAUGCGCUACAUCGCCUCCCUCAUCAGUGGAGUGGGCAUUUUUAUGAUGGGAGCCGGCCUCUCCUGGUACCAUGGCAUUAUGGGAUUACUGCACCCAGAACCCAUUCAGUCUCUGCUCUGGGCCUACUGUAUUUUGGCGGGCUCUCUGGUGUCUGAAGGAGCCACCUUACUCGUUGCAAUUAAUGAGAUAAAGAAGAGUGCCCAACAGCAUGGGAUGUCUUUUUAUGAGUAUGUCAUGCAGAGUCGAGACCCCAGCACCAACGUGGUGCUGCUGGAAGACGCUGCCGCCGUGUUGGGGGUCACCCUGGCUGCCGGCUGUAUGGGACUCACCUCCCUCACAGGUAACCCGUACUAUGACAGCUUGGGCUCUCUUGGCGUCGGCACGUUGCUGGGCGCCGUCUCGGCGUUCCUCAUCUACACGAACACCGAGGCCCUGCUGGGCCGCUCCAUUCAGGCGGAGCAUGUGCAGAAGCUCACCGAGUUCCUGGAAAACGACCCAGCCGUAAGGGCCAUCCAUGACGUAAAGGCCACAGAUAUGGGACUGAGUAAAGUCCGCUUCAAGGCUGAAGUCGACUUCGACGGCCGAGUGGUGACACGGUCUUACCUGGAAAAACAAGACAUUGACCAAAUCCUCAACGAAAUUCAGCAGGUGAAAACGCCCGAAGAGCUGGAGAACUUCAUGCUGAAGCACGGCGAGAACAUCAUCGACACCUUAGGGGCCGAGGUGGACCGCUUGGAGAAGGAACUCAAGCAACGCAACCCGGAGGUUCGCCACGUAGACUUGGAGAUACUAUAGUGACUGCUGAGGAAAACGUCCUGCCUCACAAAGAACAUUUAGAGGAAGGAAAAGAGAAAGCAAAACCCACCUCCACAGUCCCCCACCCGGCAACUCCGACCAUCCCCCCCCUCCUCAAGUGAACCCGAAGUCUUACUCCAGAUCAGUCCCGAAGCGUAAACCCGCCGUGUGCGUUCGAACAGUAAAUGUUGGAGACGCUCCGUUUCGUCAGCAGAACACCAGACUGUCAAACAUCCUGUUGAAUUUAAACAGAAACCCUUCCAACCAAUCACUGCUCGCGUUGGCUUACAUUCCUCCGUGUUUGUGUCUGGAUUCUAAGAAGAUCGAAAUUCCGACCAGGACCAGUGUUCGAUUACCUAAACAUGUACGUUCAUGUUGCGUGUGAACCACAGCCGUAGCGUUUCCUUCACCAGAGCGAAGGAAACUCGAGCUCUGUAUAUUUAAACGAACCGUAUUUAAAGGCUAGUCAAUAUUAGCUUCUUUUUUUUUCUUCUUCUUUUAACGUGAAACAUUUGUGAAGAUGUGUCAAUGGGUGCAGGUCCUGUGAUGGGGAGAAGGUUUUAUGCUUGGAGAAAAAUAUGCAAGUGAAAUGGGUGUGAAGGUUUUCGUUUGAUUUCUUGAAUGAACCGAAAGGAGCAACAACAAAAAAAAAAAAACGGCAGUAAUGAUGUCUUUCUGAUAUUUUAUGAGAAUAAAACACAGUUUGGUAGAGAUUAAACUAUUUAAGGCGAUAUGAUCCCCAUAAAUUAUUCUAUAGGUUUGUUUUUCAUGCGUUUGUUUGCUGCAAGCUGAACCGAUCAGCAGGGAGGUGGCCGUUGCUCCAAAGACGAAGCCCUGAGUGGGGAUAGAAGUGUUUCAUCCCUUUCUCAACAAAAAGCACAAAACAAUUUCAUAAAAUCCCCAGAUUUCAUUGAAUGCAACACUCCCAACAGGUUUGCUGAUAAUUAUUAAGCAAAUUAAAUCCCACGUUAGUAUUUCUGCUGAUCACUCACUGAAAACAUUCAGCAUAUAUCGUGGUUUUUUUUUUUGUUUCUCUUAAAUUCUCUGCCGGCACACAGCAGCAGCUCAAACACCUGCUUGAGGAGGCGGGCCGAAGUCUUUAGGCUCUUGUUCAUGGAUGAUGGGUUUAUAUAUAUAUUUGAAGGCCUCGAUAGUUGGAUAUUUUACUGAUGUCGCCACUGCUGAAGGACUUGGAAUAAAUUCAUAAUAAUUUAUUGAA